UCUCCGAAGCAGCAUCAUUAACGGCAGAGGGCCCGCUGUAAGGGAGGAGGAAACAGUCAAAAGGAGGAGGGAAGUGUUGCACUUUACAUGUACAAAUACCGUAACAGGGGGAACGUCAAUAAGCAUUGGCAAGCGCAAUCAGCGCUUUACAAGCACAGCACAACACAGCACUGUACUGAGCCUACCCGCUGAUAACAUACGAGAGGAGGCAGCGGGUUGGGAAUGGUGCUCCAGUCUCCGCGCACAUAGCGAAAUUCUAGAGCCGUUCACUUGAAAAAGAGACGGCGGCGGAGUUCGCAGCUGGAUUUACUUUCUGUGGAAAUUGUUUACAUAUUUUUGAAGACAAAAGUUUUGAUUAGGACCCGUACUUCAGUCUGAAGCCCAACGCAAUAUAAAUGGUGGAAGCGAUUGUGGAGUUUGACUACAAAGCUCAGCAUGAUGACGAGCUGACAAUUAGUGUAGGUGAUAUUAUCAAAAACAUUAGGAAGGAUGAUGGUGGAUGGUGGGAAGGAGAGAUCAAUGGCAGGAGAGGUGUUUUUCCAGAUAACUUUGUCAAGGUAAUAUAACAAAGGCUUAAGAAACCACCCAUGACCACCAAAGGUCCUGGGAAAAACCUACAUGAGCAUCCCCAGGAAGAUUCAGACAUAGAUGGCUACACAGUCCUUAACUACAACAAAUGUGAUAAACUUAGAAAAAGAAGAUGUAAAGUAGCUUUCAGCUACACCCCUCAAAAUGAAGAUGAACUCGAGCUGAAGAUUGGGGAUGUCAUAGAAGUUCUAGCUGAGGUGGAAGAGGGCUGGUGGGAAGGCUAUCUCAAUGGGAAAACAGGAAUGUUUCCUUCCAACUUUAUUAAAGAGAUUGGUGAUGAAUCAGAAGAUGCAUCUUCUACUCAGGAGAAAAAGAUUACAAAAACAACUACUAAAGACAGCACAGGGUCAGAAAGUGAUGGUGGUGAUUCUGGCAGCACAAAAUCAGAUGGGGGAAGUGUUUCUUCUAAUGCAGAAAUCCAGCCUAAGAAGAUCAAAGGAAUUGGUUUUGGGGAUAUUUUUAAAGAUAAACCCAUUAAACUGAGACCAAGGUCUAUUGAUAUCGACACUGAGCUCAUCUCUCCUGAGAAACAAUCAGCAGCAAAGAAAUUGUCCUCAGUCCCUGCAGCACAUGAUGGUGUGAAAACAGAAGCAGAUAACAGACCGAAGGGAAAAGAAUAUUGCAAGGUGUUAUUUCCAUAUGAAGCACAAAAUGAAGAUGAACUGACAAUCAAGGAAGGAGAUAUUAUUACUAUUUUGUGGAAGGAUUGUACAGAUGCUGGCUGGUGGCAGGGAGAGUUGAAUGGAAAGCGAGGGCUAUUUCCUGAUAAUUUUGUUAAGAUAUUAUCCCAAGACACUGAAAAAGAGAGACCUAGGAAGCCACCACCUCCUGCUGCUCCAGUUGGUAAACAAAUUGCAGACAAAAAGCCAGAAGUUAAAAAGAUGCCUCCAGAAAGGCCAGAGUAUCUUCCAAGCAAGGAAGAAGAGAAAGAAGACAAGCAUGAAAAGGAUCUCAAACAUGUAGAUACACAGAAGACUGUUUUACCUGCUGUGCCUCCAAAAAAACCUCUGCCACCCAAAUCCAACUCCCUUAACAGGCCUGCAUCAUUCCCCCCAAAGCGGCCUGAGAGACCGACUGCACCUACUUCUUGUAUACGGUCUGAGAGCCCAAAGUCCGAUGUAGGAAGUGUGACAUCAGGAAGCACAACUGAAAAGGACGCAUCUGAAAAACCGAAUGACUUUGAUGUUGAAGAUUUUGACUCGGUAGUACCUGUGUCUGAGAAACUUAACCAUCCAACUGCCUCCAGGCCUAGAAUUACUGAUAGAAGGCCUCGGUCACAACUCUUCACAUCAUCCUCACUUUCUAGUCCUGAUUUAGUGGAUUCAUCCACUCCUGAAGAAGAAAAACAUGAGAAUGGCAAAGGGAAAGAAGAGUAUGAUUUUCAAGCAGCUAAAAUAUCAGAUACAACAAAAAAAAUUGCCAAGCCUGUUCCAUUGUUGCCAGUAUCUGAAAACAAAGCUGUAUUACCCCCAAAACCGGGAAUACCAUCCCUAUCUUGCACUGGGACUGGUGGACAGACGCCAUUGUCUUCUACAGUUCAUCACGGAGUGAUGGGUACAGGACAGAGACCGAGUUCACCCUCUCAUUUUAAAGAAGACGUGAAGCCAAAGAAUGAUCAAGCCAGCAAUAGCCAGAAUGCCUUGGAAGAACUGAGAUUGCAGGUUAAGGAAUUGAAGACAGUUAUAGACCAUAUGAAGGUCCAACACAAGAAGGAGAUUAAACAAUUAAUGAAUGAACUGGAUGAAGAGAAGAAAAUACGAUUAUCUUUACAAAUGGAAGUGGAACAUAUAAAGAAAGUACUCCAUUCGAAAUAAGCACGAGAUCAGCAGAGAUCAAGAGAACAAGAUCAAAUCACAACUCAAGACUUUAGAUUUUAUUUUCCCACAGCCAAAAUAGUUUUGCACCAAAAAAACAAAAUCUACAUAUAUAUAUAUAUAU